GCCAGGCUGUGCCGGCCCACUUGGCCAGGUCUGCUCGGGAGUUAAAAACCCACUCUCUCCCCAAGCCCUAAGGCUCCACGCUCCCCCUCCCCGCCGCCUCCGCACUCUGCCGCCGCAGCCGCAGCCGCAGCCGCAGCCAUGGGCGCGUACAAGUUCGUGUCGGAGCUAUGGAGGAGGAAGCAGUCGGACGUGAUGAGGUUCGUGCAGCGCGUGCGUUGCUGGGAGUACAGGCAGCAGCCGGCCAUCGUGCGCAUCACCAGGCCCACCCGCCCCGACAGGGCUCGCCGUCUCGGCUUCAAGGCCAAGCAGGGGUAUGUGGUCUACCGUAUCCGUGUCAGGCGUGGUGGCAGGAAGAGGCCAGUGCCCAAGGGUAUUGUCUAUGGUAAGCCCAAGCACCAGGGUAUUACCCAGCUCAAGUUCCAGAGGAACAAGAGGUCUGUUGCUGAAGAAAGAGCUGGGCGCAGGCUGGGUGGUCUUCGUGUGCUCAACUCCUACUGGGUGAAUGAGGACUCUACCUACAAGUACUUUGAGGUCAUCCUUGUUGAUGUUGCUCACAGUGCUGUCCGCAAUGACCCAAGGAUCAACUGGCUCUGCAAGCCCGUGCACAAGCACCGUGAGCUUCGUGGCCUAACGUCGGCCGGAAAGAAGUUCCGUGGUCUGCGUGGCAAGGGCCACCGCCACCACAAGAACAGGCCCUCAAGGAGAGCCACCUGGAAGCGCAACCAGACCGUCUCCCUCCGCCGCUACCGUUAAACUGCCCUAUGCACACCUUGAUAGUAUUUGUCUGAGCCAUCAGAUUUUGCUACCUUUGUAUGGAGACUCCUUGAAGCUCGUGCUUAGAACCUUUAUGUCGACGCAUAUCUGUUGAACUAUUUGCUAUUUGCCUGUGUUACCAGAACAACGAAUGGGUUAGUAAUCGUAUGCUCUGUGCUAUGCUGUCAUAUGUUUGGUCGUUCACCUUAUAAUGUUAUGGUGUUUUUCAUCUCUUUA